AUGCUGGCGCGACCGGCCCUGCUGAACUGCUCCAUCGUCAAGCCCGAUGGACACGUGCUCCCGCUCAAAGAGGGACCCUCCUCGGUCAUCCCGCUUGCCCCCUCCGCUAUCGAUGCCAAAGGGUGCACCGACUUCCCACGAAACGCCAACCUUUCGCUGAUAACCAAACAGGUGAUUCAGCAGUACCUGCGGGAGUGCUUUCGGUACGACUCGGUCUACCAGAACGCGAAGUACACCGUGAUGGAGAUGCUCACCAAGAGAAGGCAUCCGGAUCAUCUCAAGGUGGACUUUUCUGUAGAGCUCAUGCAGUCUGUGCAGCGAGGGUAUAGAGAAUCCAUCUCCUUGGGCCUGCCCGGGCGUGCUCCUAGCAUGCGCGAGGUAAGGCCGGCGAAGACGUUAGAGCAGCUGGCGAGGCUUUGGGACGUGGGAACCGACUUCGAUGCGGAAAAUUCGUAUACCGAUUUGGAGCGUAGGGAAACCCCGCCUGAUUGGAAGCCGCUAGUAGCAGUAGUGGCGCCAAGACUCGCGACUCGUCGGACGCUCCUGACGCCAAAGCCGCGCGAGGCCGGGGUGAAGUCACCGCUAUGGCCGUGGAAAUUGGCGGUAGUGGUAGCACAGGGGCACCCACCACCACUACCGCAGCGAUUGCCCGCUCAACCUGCGCCGGUGGCGGAGAUAACUGUGUUGGCGAGGGUGGCGACAGGAAGGACGGACGCGGAAGGGCGAGAAGAGGCGCGCCUUCGAGGGAGCGACCGAGCGGGGGAUGGCGAAGCGGGGGGGAUCGUGGCGCGAUCGGUGGUUGCUGUUGUGGCCAUUGCGAGGGAAGCAAGCCGCGGUGGUGGCGGUGAUGGCGAUAGAGAUGGAGGUGCUGGGACUGGCAAAGCAGUAGCAGAAGAAGUGCAACAACCGCAGCAGCAGAGGAGUGGCGGGGUUGCUUGUUCGGAACGAGGGAGGAGUCAUGAGCGAGGAGGAGGAGAAGAAGAUGGCAGCUUCUCCGGAGAUGGUUUACACGCCGAAGAGGGCCUGCGGCAGGCGUGGGUGCCUUGGAAGCGACCUCGAGAAGAGGAGGAGGAGGAGGAAGAGGCGAGCGCGUUGUAGUAGUAUCUAAUAGCUGGCCACACCGCGGUUGCAUGCACCGUACGAUACGAUCACAGAGAGCGCGUCAAGUUUGACCCAACAGCGUUCUUUCUGGGGCGCGUUUGUUUCGACAGGGCCAAUUGAAUUUUCGCGAGAAGACCACGACUCUCCUCCUCGCUAGGGAGAGGCCCAAAGACCGCUAAACAGACUGGUGAUGAACAGUGGGAGCAGUGGUCGGGGUUAGGCGACUUGCUUUCAAAAUCCAAACUGGUGAAGGCCAGGCCGAGGUGGGUGGUGACAAAUCCGUCCGAGGAGAAUUUCCUCGAUUAGAAUCGCAGCUUGCCUCUGGCAACCGUGCCGGUCCUCCAAGGGAUUUUCAUUUUGAUGUAUAGGUGGUAUAGAGAGCAGUGAAGAGGUGAUUCGCUAGAAACGUAGUGUGAUAAAUUGUUGCAUCCGUUGGACGACGGUCAGGGCAAGAAAAAAGCGUUCAGUAUACAUGUAUGGUUUGGGUGGACAACGCCUAAUAAUCAGUCUGAUGUAGAGGAAACAGACGAGGAUAUGAUUUUCUGUGCUGCGCGCAAAACAUCGCGAAUUGGGUUGUUAUGGAAUUGGAGCACAACAGAUGUGACAACCCGCAUGCCUUGGACUGAGAGAACGCGUGUUUUCCAUGUCUUCGCAUGUAUCCAGCGCAAGACUGUCCACACACCACACACACACCACACACACACA